CACCUACUUGCACAGAAUCAUGGCGGACAGAAACAGCCGGUUCAGCGUCAAGAGGAAAGAAAAGAAGGCGGAAAGCAAAACGAAUAGUGAGAAGGACAAAGAAAAGGAAAAGGUGAAUGAGAAUAUGGCAAAAAAGCCAGAAAAACCCCAGAAGAAACCAGAGAAGGUCCCUGAGCAGCCAAAGAAAGAUGAAGAGAAGAGGAAUGGGGAAAGUGAGGGGGCAGCAGGCGCAGACGCAAAAAACAGUGAUGAAAAUGGGGAGUUUCAGCCUAUAGAACUGCCUCCGUUUGAGAUCGUCACAGGGGAACAGAUGAGCCCAUUCUACUUCAAGUUUCAGUUCAGGAAUGUGGAGUACUCAUCAGGGAGGAACAAAACCCUCCUGUGUUUCAGAGUGGAUACAGCAGGAGGCAGCGCAGAGCCUCUGAAAGGUUACAUGGAGGACGAACAUGCCACCGCUCAUGCUGAGGUGGCCUUCUUUGAACAGGUGCUCCCUAAUGCCUCUCUAGAGUGUGAUGUCACAUGGUAUGUAUCAUCUAGUCCCUGUGUGGCCUGUGCAGCCAAGUUGGCCAGCAUCCUCCAGCAGCGCAAAAAGCUACGUCUUUGUAUAUUCUGUUCCCGUCUCUUCGAGUGGGAGGAGCCAGAGAUAGUUGAAGGGCUUAAGGGUCUGGUGAGAGCCGGCUGCAAACUGCGAAUGAUGAAGCCGUCUGACUUCGUGCAUGUGUGGGAAACGUACGUGGAGAAGGAGGAUCAGAGCUUUACACCCUGGGAGGAUUGUCAGGAGAACUACAACUACUAUGUGGAAAAACUGGCAGAUAUCCUCAAGUAGAUAUGCACGGGACCUCCCCACCGACUGAUCCACAAAUCGCACUACUUGUGAAAUUCCCACUGGCUGAAUGCGUGUUUCUUGCAGUCACAUGUAAACGGUGCAGAAUGUUGU